GAAUCUGCUACAAAACUACAGAAUAUCCUGUCAGGUGGGCUUCAGCUAGAUAUUCUUGGUGAGAACCUUUGAGUUUAAAACUUUCCAUUGAGAGGGAGGAGCUAGGGAAAAACUACCGGAAGAUUUCAUGCCAUUGGGAAAGGUUCCAUAUCCCCCCUUCUUUUACUCUGUUUAUGUCAUGUUUAUGCUGCACUUGGUGGUCGCAUCCGAUACCUUAAGUCCAGGUCAGUCCAUCAAAGAUGCGGAGAGAUUGGUCUCUUCAGGCCAAAGCUUUGAGUUUGGCUUCUUCUCUCCACAAAACUCCAAGUAUAGGUACUUGGGGAUAUGGUACAAAUUUAGUCCUGAAAAAGUCGUUUGGGUUGCCAACCGAAACAACCCGCUCACUGAUUCAAAUGGUGUUCUCACAUUUAGCGAUGAGAGGAAUCUAGUUGUUCUCAACCGAUCAAAGAGCAUCAUCUGGUCUUCGAAUUCAUCCAGGGUUUUAAGAAACCCGGUUGCUCGGUUGUUUGACUCUGGUAACCUUGUCGUUUCAGAGAAUACAAGCUCGCAUUCUGGUGCAUGCUCAUGGCAGAGCUUUGACUAUCCAACCGACAUCCUUUUAGCUGGUAUGCGAUUGGGAUGGAGCCUCAAAACCGGUUUUGAAUGGUCUCUGACUUCUUGGAAAAGCACGGAUGAUCCUUCCUCUGGAGACUAUACCUUCGGAAUAAAUGUUAAUGGAUUGCCCCAACUUGAGGUUCGCAAAAGAGGCUCCACAAAAACAUUUCGAGCAGGGCCAUGGAAUGGAUUGCGUUUCAUGGGAAUUCCAGCAAUUGAGACUACCCUUUUGAGGCCUCUCUUUGUUUACAAUGACACAGAUGUCCAUUAUGAGUUUGAUAAUUCCGUGGAUGAUAUCAUUACCAUGCUCACAUUGAAUCAGUCUGGUCUUCUGCAACUUCUUCUAAGGAACAAAAAGAACUCUAGAUGGGAUGUCAUGGCCUCAUUUCCCCGCGAUCCAUGUGAUAACUAUGGGCAGUGUGGUGCUAAUGGUGUCUGCAAAAGUAACAAAGACCCUAGAUGCCAGUGCUUGCAGGGAUUUGUGCCCAAAUCCCAAGAAGAGUGGCAGUUAUUUAAUUCAACCAGUGGGUGCAUUAGGAAAGCUCAGUUGAAUUGCUCUCAAGAACCUGGCUUUCUGAAAAUUUCGAUGCUGAAUCUGCCCGAUCUGAUAGACUUCUGGUUAAACAAGAACAUGAGCCUCGACGAGUGCAAGGUGGAGUGUCUAAAAAACUGUUCUUGUACGGCCUAUGCUAAUUCAGAUGUUAGAGGAGGAGGAAGUGGCUGUCUGAUGUGGUUUGGCAAUCUCGUUGAUUUAAGAGAAUUUGAACAAGACAACUAUGUACAAAAUAUCUACAUAAAAUUAUCUGCUUCUGAGUUAGAUUCCAUCCAGAGCCCUGUCAAUAAGAAAAAACUGUUGACUGUCACGGUGGCUUCAGUCAUUUCUGGAUUGCUCAUAGCAGGUGUAGCAUUGAGUAUUAAGUGGAAGAGCAGAAUGAAAAGAAGAGGCUUACUAAGGCAGAAGGAAGACAUUGAUUUACCAUUAUAUGAUUUUUCUACCAUUGCUGUUGCUACUGGACAUUUCUCACAGACCAACAUGAUUGGAGCGGGUGGCUUUGGUUCAGUCUACAAGGGAAAUCUCUCCAUGGGUCAAGAAAUAGCGGUGAAGAGGCUGUCGAAAGGUUCAAGACAAGGCCUUGAAGAAUUUAUGAAUGAAGUUCUCCUAAUUGCCAAACUUCAGCAUAGGAAUCUUGUUGGACUUCUUGGCUGUUGCAUUGAGGGAGAAGAAAGAAUGUUAAUAUAUGAGUAUAUGCCAAAUAAAAGCUUGAAUUAUUUCAUUUUCGAUGAUGAUAGAAGCUUCUUGUUAGCAUGGAAGAGUCGCUUUGACAUAGUUUUAGGAAUUGCGAGAGGUCUUCUCUAUCUUCAUCAAGAUUCAAAACUACAAGUCAUUCACAGAGAUCUCAAAACAAGCAAUAUACUGUUAGAUGCGGACCUCAAACCUAAAAUCUCAGACUUUGGCCUUGCAAGAAUCUUUGGAGGCAAUGAAAGAGAAGCAAGAACAAAAAGAAUCGUUGGUACCUAUGGCUAUAUGUCCCCGGAAUAUGCUUUUGACGGAGAAUUCUCUGUGAAAUCCGACGUUUUUAGUCUUGGUGUAAUUUUGCUGGAGAUAAUAAGUAGCAAAAGGAACAGAGGGUUCUACCAUCCUGAUCAUCAACACAAUCUUCUUGGGCAUGCAUGGUUGCUGUGGAGCGCAGGCAGGUCCUUGGAGCUUCUACAUGAAUCUCUUUGCGACUCCUUCAUUGCAUUCCAAGUUGAGAGAUGCAUUCAUGUUGGUUUGCUAUGUGUGCAAAAGUUUCCUGGAGAUAGGCCAACAAUGUCUUCAGUCGUUUUCAUGUUAGCGAAUGAGGAAGCAAUCUUGCCCCAGCCUAAACAGCCCGGUUUUUUUAUGGAGAGAGUUCCAUCGACCACAGAGGCAUCUUUAAUGAGGGAAGAAUUGUACACAAGGAAUAUGGUUACGAUCACCAUGCCGGAAGGUCGAUAAACUUCCCAUCGAGAAUGUUCCCUACAGUGUGCGAUUUAGAUUUUUAAAAUCAGCUUUCUCGGCACAUGAAGGUAAAAAGGAUCAGAAAAUUGUGUGCACAAAUAUGUGGCUACCUCGCAGCGAGGACUAUUUAGAGUAAGAUGAGGGCCGCAAUAAAGGAUUCUCGUUUUUAUGAUUCAGUGGCUCAAGCAACUUGGUGAGGGCCUUUUUAUUGACGUUCAUUGCCAAUGAUUAUUCGUGAAGAUAAAUCAUAUCGACUCUAUAACCUUUUGAAGG